AUGCCUCAAUCACCCGGGAUUAAAACCCGCAUCUGCAUGAUCUCCGACACCCACACCUUCUCUCCGAGUCCCCCGCAACAGACCAACAACCCAUACCGCAACCCCCUCCCCAAAGCCGAUGUUCUCCUUCACGCCGGUGACCUCACCAAGGUCGGCUACCUCAUUGAGCACGAAGAAACCGUGGCAAUGCUCAAAGCUGCCCCGGCCGAGCUCAAACUUGUCAUCGCCGGCAACCACGACCUAACACUAGACGAAGAACACUUCACAAGUUUUGGCUACUUCCGCCACCGCCGCCCAGAACGUUUGGGUGGACAAGACACAUACCUAGAGGAAGACGAAAAACCAAAAACUCUCUUGCAAAGCAUCCGCUCCCCCAAUACACCCCUACUCGAUGACAUGAAGUCCUACUGCAAACUCGCCAAAGACCUCUACACCGAUGAAUCCGCGUAUGCUGCAGGCAUUCGAUACCUUGAAGAAGGAACGCACUCUUUUACUCUAUCUACCGGCGCUAAACUCACCAUCUACGCCUCCCCGUACCAGCCCGAAUUCUGCAACUGGGCCUUCGGCUAUAACCGCUCUGAAGAUCGUUUCAACCCCCCAUUACCCGGAAAUGAUACCCCCGCUCCUCAAAACCCAGUCCCUUCCUUCCCAGCCGUCGACAUCAUGCUCACGCACGGUCCACCCGCAAAUGUUUUGGACUUUGUCCCACCAGACAGUCACGUUGGAUGUGAACACCUCUUCCGCGCAGCCGAGCGCGCUCGGCCCCGUGUCUAUCUAUUCGGUCAUAUUCACGAGGGAUGGGGCGCUAUUCGCGGAGUGUGGAAUGAAGAUGCCGAGAAUGGAAUUAAGCAGGAGGUUGUGCGCAGUGAUAUGGAGGAUAUGCUAGAGCGGCGUGGGGCGUACUAUGAUGUUAGCGGGGAGAGUGGACGGCCGUUGAGAGUUGGAGAGGAGACGCUUUUCGUGAAUGCGAGUAUCUGUACGGUAAAGUACGAGCCGAGAAAUGCGCCUUGGGUGGUGGAUUUGGAUCUUCCCGGAUUAUAG